UAAGAUGGUGGUUUGAGCGUAAAUUGUCUCCUCAAUAGUAAGAAAAGACAGGGGCAAAAAAACACAUUUAUAGCCUUUUAAUUAACACGGAACAACACAUCUACGGUUACCCCAAGUGGCCGCUUCGAGAUAUUUUGACAUUUCCCCACACAUUGGCUCGUAGUCCCCGCCCAAUUCGGUGUGACUCUCUUGGAGUGGAAUCCUAAACUAAAUACGGACAGGUUCUGUGCUCCGCGACCGCUUCAACGCUCAGCCUCGCCGCGACGUAGGAUGUCCCAUAGCCCUGAAAUGAAGGACGACCCCAUGGAGUGCCCCCUGUGCAUGGAGCCGCUGGAGAUCGAUGACGUCAACUUCUUCCCCUGCACCUGCGGCUACCAGAUCUGCCGCUUCUGUUGGCACCGCAUCCGCACAGACGAGAACGGCCUUUGCCCGGCCUGCAGAAAGCCAUACCCCGAGGACCCCGCUGUAUACAAGCCUCUGUCACAGGAGGAGAUCCAGAGGAUAAAGAACGAAAAGAAGCAGAAACAGAACGAGAAAAAGCAGAAGGUGACUGAGAACCGCAAGCACCUGGCCAGCGUCCGAGUGGUCCAGAGAAACCUGGUGUUCGUGGUGGGACUCUCGCAGCGCCUCGCCGACCCGGAGGUCUUAAAACGACCAGAGUAUUUUGGGAGGUUUGGGAAGAUCCAUAAAGUGGUUAUCAACAAUAGUACAUCUUAUGCAGGGUCACAGGGGCCGAGUGCCAGUGCGUAUGUCACCUAUGUCCGCUCAGAAGACGCUCUAAGAGCAAUACAGUGUGUGAACAAUGUGGUGGUUGAUGGCAGAACACUCAAGGCUUCUUUAGGCACAACAAAGUACUGCAGUUACUUCCUCAAAAGUAUGCAGUGUCCUAAACCUGAUUGUAUGUAUCUACAUGAGCUAGGAGAUGAAGCAGCUAGCUUUACUAAAGAUGAAAUGCAGGCAGGGAAACAUCAAGAGUAUGAGCAAAAACUCCUCCAAGACCUGUAUAAAAUAAACCCUAGCUUUCUACAACCUCCAGUAUGUGGAACAGAAAAGUCAAAGAGUAAAUCAGGCUUAACACAAAGACAAAACAGUAGCAAUGGUAAAGAUGGGUGGCCCACGUUGUCAGGGCAUACCAAACUAGCCAAUGGCCUUUCAGAGGACCGCAAAUCCCCUCCGCUGCUAGACUAUCUAGACCAAGAGGGUCUCCCCUCAGAUGGUCUUGAUACAGACAUCGGUCCUGGCCAGUGCACUGCCAUGUCCCCCUUCUCCUCAAACUGUGACAGCAACAGCAGCCCCAGUGACAAGCCUUCAGACUCAAUUGGUAUGGUGAAUGGAGAUACUUUCCAACAGAUGCCCACCAGUGACUCCCCGUCCCCUCCCCCGGGUUUAACCAAGCCCAGCUUGGUGGUCCCCAUCAGCGUGUCAGACCCCACAGCCCGCUCGCCCUUCGAGGGCGCGGCGGCCGAGUCGCAGUCGCUUUUUUCGGACAACAGCAAUUUCAGACACCCCAACCCCCUCCCCACCGGUCUGCCCCCAUUUCCCACCGACCCCCGCAGCUCUGACUGGCCCAUGACUCCUGAACCACAGAGCCUAUUCACGUCAGUCGCUCCUCCAGUAACGUCCAUGUUUGCUCUCGCGGCAGACACGAUACCAGUGUCGUCGUCCACAGACUGGCAGGCGGCCUUUGGCUUCGGCUCGUCCAGCAAACAGCAGGACGACGACCUGGGCUUUGACCCGUUUGACGUCACUCGCAGAGCGCUGGCCGACCUCAUCGAGAAGGAGCUGUCCGUGCAGGAUCAGAGCCCCGCCUCCCUGGUGCCUCUCGCCCAGGGGAGCAAUCACGCACCUGGUCUCCCGCCCCCCAACGGCAACGCAGCCAACUCUCACCAUUUCCCUGGCGCCCUGCCCCGCAUCCCCCAGGUCCACCACAGAGCAAUCUACAAUUCCUUCAGUUUCCCCGGCAGUCAAAGCAGUCAGGCCAGUCAGCAACAGCAGCAGCAGCAACAGCAGCAAGCCGCCAGACACCCCUGGAUGGGCAUCCCUUCGCGGAAUAACCUCACACACUUGAACCACUCAGCCAGUGCUGCCUCACACAGUAAUUUCCUGGACCUGAAUCUGCCUCAUCAGCACAGCACAGGUCUGGGAGGGAUCCCCAUCUCAGAAAACAGCAGCUCUAUAGAAGGCCUAAAUGUGAAAGAGUGGCAAGAUGGCCUUAGAGCUCUCCUGCCCAACAUCAACAUCAACUUCGGGGGCCUUCCAAACUCCUCUUCCUCCUCGUCCUCCUCAUCCUCAAACAGUGUCAACCACAUCGGCGGGCCGGCAGGCAUUUCACACAGCCUGAGCUGGGACAGCACAGCUAGCUGGAUGGACCCUGCAAUCAUCACAGGCAUCCCGGCCUCGGCGGGCGCCAGUUUAGACUGUCUCCACGACGACAACCCCCCGCACUGGCUCAAGUCCCUGCAGGCGCUCACAGAGAUGGACGGUCCAGCCAGCUCUGCGGCGCCCGCCCUCCAGCCCCUCCACAGCGGCAUCCUGGACGGCCACCUGCCCCUCCACCACAGAGCCGCCGCCGGCUGGGGCCCCUACCUGCCCCCCGCCACAGCCGCCCCCGUCAGCCAGUUCCACUCCCCCCCGCCAGGCUUCCAGACCGCCUUCAGACCCCAGGGACAGCCCGCUACAGAGUUGCUACAGAGUGCCACCGUGGACCGCCACUGAAUACAGACUACACCCUUCCAUUUCCCCCACUCUUCAUGUACCCCUGCACCCCCACCCCUCAAAAGCGAAACACAUCAAUCUGCAGAGUAUGAAAAAUGAUUAACAAAGUAACAAAUAUGCUUUCUUUUGGUCCACUGUUUUUUUCCCCUCUUUUUGUUUGUGGCACACAAAUGAUCCAUAACCUUUGUCUGCUACCAUCACCACUCCUUAGAUGUAGAUUUGGGGGGGGGGGUUGCAUUGGGAGGGGGGGAUCCAGUAUAGCACUGAGGACCCCAAAAACUGACAAAGAUUCAAUUAAGCUUAAGUGAGGGUCGUCUUUCUAAACGUAACUAACGAUGAAAUGUAAACUGUUGACCAGUCGGCGCAGCCCCCUUUUUCUUUUCUUUUUCCCCCCCCUCCCCUCCCCUUUUCUUUGAGGGGCGGAGCAAGCUGUGAAUCAAGGAUGAUAGUCGUCACUUGGCUUUAUCGCUUGCUGAGGGACGACAACACGGACUAGGGUUUCGGGCAGUACAGGGCGCAGGCUAUGCACAGGGCUCGCCGUACGGUGGGGCACCAAAAGGCCCACUGGCUCGAGAGGCCUGGUGGCCCACAUUCCCUCUAGUGCAGGGCUCCCACCGGGGACAUUUUUGCCGAACCUCUGUAUCAGAGGGUAGAGCAGUGCCCGAUUGCAGGGGAGGGGCUGGUAGGAGGGGGGAGUCUGGCCCCCCCGUGGGAGAUGGUGGCACAUAUCCUGAGCACGAGGGUUAGACUCCUUACUCACAGUGCCACCGUGUGGUACCUACAGUAGCCUAGCCCUAACAUGGACAGCCACCAAGUAGAUAAAAGGAAAACUAAACGCAGGAGGAUUUAAGUUCUAACUCGGGCGGUGAGGACGGGGGCAAUGGGAGCCUCCCCCAACCCACCCCACCUUGUCGAUCUGCGAGGGCUUAAUCGAGGCCUUAAUGUGGAGUGAAGACAGAACAGAGCUUGAGUGCAUGUAGGAAGCGAGGUCCCAUGUCAAUGAUUGCAAUAUGCAGACCCACACAUUGUGGGGGGGGGGGGGAUUUUAAAUUGUGGCACACUAUAGAUGAAACAUGCGUAUAAAAUAAUACUUUGUGUCCGCACAAUACUCAAUUGGGGCUGCAAGUUGCUAAUAUGUUGCCACAAAUUAGUAAUCAUGUCAGUGAAAUGUUAAUGUGUUGCUGCAAAUUAUAUAUAACGAGCACAAAACAGUCAUUUGUGUACAUGAAAUACUAGCAAAACGUUUGUUUGUGGCUGCGAAAUGCUAGUUUGUUACCAAAAAAAAUGCUCAGUUGUGGUCCGACUGGGGCAUAACGUGUGCAAGAAAUACUAAUUUUGCAUAAUACUAAUUUUGAAAUAGUGAAAUAGUAAUUUGUGGCUGUUAAUUACUACAAUUUGCCUGCAAAAUGCAAAUUUGUGGCUAUGAAAAGUGCAUUACUGGCCUUGAAAUGUUCAUUUGCGGUGACAAAAUGGGUAUAAUGUGCACGCGACAUAAUUUGGUUGUGACCUCCAAAUUCUAACUUGUGGCCACGAGAUGCUCAUUUGUGGUUGCGAUAUGACCAUGAAUUAGGUAUGACAUCUGCACAAAAUGCUUAUUUUUAAUUACAAAACAGUCAUUUGUAACCGCAAAGUCAUAAAAUGAUAACCUGUGGCCACAAAAUGUGAAUUUGUGACAUCAGGAUGUCAAUUUGUGGUUGCAGAUUAGGUGUAAUUUGCGCACAAAACAAAUUUUGUAGAUUUGACAUGGACAACCAGGUAAGCAAAUGUAGCACACCUUUCCUAGAAACUGCAAAAGACGCCACCCUCUCUACGCGUUUCCCAACCUUUGAGUCACGCCACAUCACAUAAAUUGGAAAAAAAUAAAAAUAAUUGGCACCAAAGGUGGCGAGAAGGUAAUUAUGUACUUUGUGCCAUUUAGUGGAAGCGCAUGUAAUUGUUGUGCCUGUCACAUUUGGUCACUGGCAUUAUGUGCGUCCGUUAUAUAUGCUGACUGCAGUUGAAUUCCCCCAGUCGUGUUGGGGCUCCGUACAUUAUUGGGUGUCACAAAGAAGGGUGCUAAUGCAUAUUACUGUUGUGGUCUAGCUCAGCCCCCCAAGCCCCCAGCCGUCAUUUCACCCAACACCUGCCUUUCUUCUUAUUCUUUUCAAGUCUUAAUAAUUUCUGACCCCAGUUUACUCUCCUUUUACUCUCCCCCCCCCCCCCCAGCCGUUUAAAAGUAUUGACUCACAAUGAUCAAAAUGGAAGAAACCGCCAACAGUCCUGAAAAUGGGUUUUAACGCAAUGCCGUCAGGAGGAAGGAAAAAAAAAAACGACAAAAAUAAACUUGAGGCGCUUAAAAGGAAG